AUGUAUUACUAUAUUUGUACUAGUCUUGCCAUACAGCAUAAACUAGUAUUGUUUUGUCUCUAUUUGCCUCUUAGAAUCUUGGGCUGCUCCUUUGCUCCUUUUGCUCCUUUUACUCCUUUAUUUUUAUUAUUAUACAAUUGUGUAUAUCUUUUUCACCCUAUUUUGUCAUCUAUUAGCCACUUAUAUUCAAUAUCUCAGAGAUAA